GUCACAUUUCAUUGUAAUUCUGAAGUUGUCUGCAGUUAAUAUCACAGCACCCCACAGUCUGCCAAUAUUUUUAUCGAUCAAAUAAUCAUUUCGAUAAUCAUUACUAAAUUUAAUCGUCGAUAGUUGAUUUAGUGUAAUUGCUUGUUUUAAGGUUAAUUUCAAAAUCACUGAGUGCAGUGUGGAUUCAAUGAUUCACUGAGAGAAUAUUCCGGCCACUUUAUUUAUGUCUCGACGUUUCGUGUGAAAACCGCAAAUAAAUGGCAAACGCGCUGCUAUUUAUCAAACUUGUAACGUCGUACCUCGGGUUACACCAACUAAUUACGAGUACACCAGUGGGACAUCGACCUGAAAAUAGAUAAUUACCAGAAUACUCGAGAGAUUAAUUAAAUGAGUCACGAAAUUCCGGAUUUUUAAAAUGAGACCACAUCCCGGAAAUCCAGAGUAAUGUCAGUAAUAAAUUGAAAUUGAAUUGACAUAUAAAGUAAUAAAUUCUGGACUUCAUUGCAUCGAAUUCGUGUCACCCCUCGUUGGAGUUUCAACCAAGACAGCGAGAUUUCUCUCCACAGAGAGAUUCAAGGAACAAGAAGAAAGAGAAAAAAAGACGAGAGACUAAAUGACGUAUGCAUGAAAUAAAAGUGGACUUCAAAAGGAUUUCGAGCGAGCAUUGAACCCCCAAGUACUCAUUACUACCUCAAUCUCUCACUAUUCAAUUAACAAUCACCGAUAACACGAAAAAAUAACUGCAGCACUGGCCUCAAUCAUUUGUUAUCCCCGACAGGAACAACAAAUAACUGUUUUCAAUUGGAUCCAGUGAAAAUUCUUCUCUGUCAGUUAUUCCGUUUGUUCCACGUAGCCAUUUUCUCCAGUGCACCUCUGAUUCUUGGAGAAACUGAAUAGACAAUGUACACAUUUCAACAAACAGAAUGAAUUGUUUACCCGGUGCUUGUGCCUUCACUCGAGUUUCUCGAUUUCAGCUGGUACUCUCAGUUCAAUUGUAAAAAUAAAACCCGAGUUUAUCUUCACGUGAAAAAUAAGGGUAAAUAAAGUAGUUGGGAGUGGGUGAAUUAUUGUUUGAACUCAUGGGGGCAAGUACAUCUCUGGAGGAGGGAUUUACCCUCGAGAAUAUGUUGGAGCAGACCAAUCGAAUAUUGCGUGAAGCUACCGAAGUUAUUACUAAGUGUUUGGAGAUGGAAAAGAGAGCAGUCGAGGAUUAUGAGAAACUAGCUGUUGCACAGAUCGAAUCAGCAUUCCAGACUAUUCAAGAAAAACUAUCCGAGAUAUCGAAGCGUGGGGCAAUAGCACGCCAGUGCAUUGAUAAAAAAACAUCAGAAUUCACAGCAAUACGUACGACAAUGAAGUGUAACCUACUUGAAUGCUAUAAUAAGCACGACAAAGCUAUGGAAAAAUUGAAAAAUGAACGGUCGUCCGUGCACAACGAUGCGAGCCAAUUCAAGAUCGAUGCACAGAAGAUCCUGGAGAAUUGUCUGACAAGUGGAGAUACUCUUGAUUGUCUGAGAAGUCAUAUCGGGGAAUUGGCUAAACAAGGAAGUGAUCUUUUGAAGAAAUUCGAUGCACUUGUCAAACUGGAGGCGGAGGAACGAAUAAAAUGGGGAAAAUUGGUGGUUCAAUGCGACAAGAGAGCGAUUGAAGAGACACAGAAACAGGCAACAAAAAUUAUCCAGGAGAUCAUAAAGUGCUGUCUCGUCGCUGAAAGUACUCUCACCGAAUAAUUUAUGUACCUCAGCUUGUGCCUUGUCUCUCACUGAUAAAGAAAACUGACAAGAAGAAGGUGUGGAUUUUUUUUCAUGAUAAUUUCUAUUCAAGUUGUUCCGUGAAACGGAAAAUCUUCAUCUUGCGGAUCAGCGGUUGGAGAAAAAGUUAACGAACUCAUGAACAAGUGAUUCUGGUCGUUACUUUAUCGUGUGAGGAGAGAGUGAUUUUGAUAUCAAAUGUCACUGGAGAUUGAUAAGAUUUUUUGAUGUUUUAUCGAGAAUCUUCGCUGGGUUCUCUCAUUAAAUGUGAAUUUCAGAGGAUUUUAUUAUUCAAUGGAUCCAAUGGCUGCGAGGAGGCGAAUGAAUUUCAAUUGUCUUCUUUAUGAAUUUUUCUGUCCGC